AUGCACUUCCCUUCGCGCCUUUUUGGCAAGAAAGAGAAGGCGGCGAGAAGCAGCCACCGUGGACCCCUCCACAUCAACUUCUCUGGCCACGGCUCCGAGGUCGGCGGCGACGAGGCCACGCCUCAGACCAGCGAGGGCAGCAGCGCGAGCAUCCUCUCCCGCCCAGAUGUCAUUCUGGCGCAGAUGCUCGUCAUGCCCUUUGCUCACCAGGCUCCUGAGGUGCCUCAGGCGCCUGCCCAGCCCAUGACGCCCGUCGUGUCUGGCUCAGUCAGCAGCGACGAGGCGCAGGAGCACGAUGCUGCUGUGGACGGCUACUUCUAUGUCCACAACGCGCGCGCCUUCCGCUCCAUGAUGGAGCUGCGCGCGCAGCAGAUUCGUGAUUACGAGGACCAGCACAGCGUGCGUCGCACCACCAAGGGCGAGCGCCACUCUGUGGUGCCGCGCACCACUGUCAAGCCUGACCUCUUGACCAUUCCAGAGGAGACGGAGCCUGAGGAGCCUGAGGCGCCCGAGGCAGAUGCACAUGUCGCUGACGAGGACGACGCUGCCUCGGAUGCGUCUUCGGUGCUCAGCGACCUCUCCGAUGGCGCGCUUGUCGCUGGCGAGGACGAGUGGGCGUACUUUGCGGCACAGGAGGGCGUCGUGCUGGCCCGCUCGCCCUCGGCCGCGUCCGCCGGCUCGCUGACCUGCUCCUCGCUGCACUCCUUCGAGUUUGGCGAGGGCUGCGUGUCGUUGCGGGCCCUCGGAGCGGUUUUUCGCCGCGGCCUGCGCGCCCUGGUCACUCGACAUCACUAG